AUGGAUAUCCUGCAAUAUUUUUGUAAGAGCGACUCGUACUCGAAUUCUGUUGCUAAAAGGGGCGUAGAUAUGGGCUUAGAGCCUCGAUACAUUCAUUGGGGCGGCAAGGACACUGCGAACGCCGCCUCAGGAGGCCAAAGAAGUAUCGUGAAAUGGCUAUAUCAAUUCGAUACAGAGUACGAUCAGUUCGAUAAUGACAGUAUGAAAGCUGUUGUGGCUCGUGGGGACGUAAAGUUGGUGCAAUGA